AUGAGUGAAUCACGACGGAGUAUUAUUAGUAUUGUUGGAACUACAGGUGUAGGGAAGUCACAAUUUAGUAUUGAUUUGGCUGAGGCUAUAGGGGGAGAAAUCAUCAAUGCAGAUUCAAUGCAAAUAUAUGAACGGGUACCGAUUAUCACCAAUAAGCAUCCGGUCAAUGAAAGGAAGGGGAUCCCUCAUUAUGUCAUGGAUCAUGUUGGAUGGAAUGAAGAAUAUUUCAUUCAUAGAUUUUCCAAGGAAGCAGAAGAUGCCAUUGACACUAUUUACUCCAAGGGAAAGAUUCCAAUUAUAAUUGGAGGCACUCAUUAUUAUUUGCAACAAUUGCUUUUCAAGAAUAAGACUAUUGGAAAUGAAGAUUCGAAUGAAGGAAGUGAAAGGCCAUUGACGGAUGAGCAAAAGAGUCUUCUCAAUGGACCUGUGGAAGCCAUUUAUUCCAAGCUUGAAGAGGUUGAUCCUGUAAUAGUGCAAAAGUUCCAUCCUCAAGAUAAGAGGAAACUUGCUCGAGCAUUAGAAGUAUAUUUCACUACUGGGAAGAAGACCUCCGACAUUUAUAAAGAGCAGAAACUAAAUGAACUUGAAGAGUCAUCUUUGAAAUAUAAUACGCUAUUAUUUUGGGUUUAUUCAGAUACCAAAGUCUUACACGAACGAUUGAACAAAAGAGUUGAUACCAUGAUGGAAACAGGAGCUCUUGGAGAAAUUGAUGAACUUUAUGAGGUUUAUAAACGAUUAGACCCACCACCGUCUUGUUCCAAUGGAGUGUGGCAAGUCAUUGGGUUUAAGGAAUUUUUGCCUUGGUUAAUAGGGAAUAAAGAAGAUCCCAAGCUAUUUGAAGAAGGCGUGGAAAGAAUGAAGAUUCGUACUAGACAAUAUUCCAAGUAUCAGGUUAAAUGGAUUAAAAAGCUUCUCAGUGUCGAGCUUCAAAAGGAGUCACAGUUUGGGUUUCAAAAUGGUGGGAAAUUAUAUUUAUUAGAUGCUUCGGACUUAAGCCAUUGGAAUGAAUCUGUUAGAGAUAGAGGCAUUGAGAUUACCAAACAAUUUGUGGAGCAUGGACCAUUAGGAGUCAAGGAGCCUGAAAAACCUCAAGGGAUAUCCGAUGAAAUCUUUCCUACUACGGAGUUCAUCCAAAGUUUCCCCAGCAAUAAGAAACUUGGAGCAGAAACUGAUUGGAAGCACUAUGAGUGUAAUGUUUGUGAAGAUAAAGAUGGUCGACCAUUAAUUGCCGUUGGGACUUUUAGAUGGGAAGAACACUGUAAGAGCAAGAGGCAUCGUAAGAAGGUUCAGGGCAUGAUUAAACGACAGAAAUUGGAAAUAAAUAGAGACAAUUAA